UAUUGUUCCAUACACGUUACGCAUACAGUACACCUCAUCCGUAUACUCUAUUCCUCGGAGUGAAACCUUUUCGAUUACUCUCAGACAAUCAGUAUGAUUUUUGGAGAAAAUUAACGUUACACAUCGGAAAUGGAUCGCAGUGCGCUGUGGAGUGCUGUUGGAUCAUUCUACUAAUCUACGCUGGCUACUAGUGUGAUGAAAUCGAUACUAAAAAUCAAAUGAUUCCUGCGGCUUCUCUAUCUCGAUAUACUCUUCUGCUAAUAUCAUCUUGCGAAUAUUCCCCUCCAUACACAGAGACACACAGGGCGUAAGAAGAGCGGUCGAGAAGAUAAAAUGAAAGGCGAGACGGGAAGUUACCGGUCGUUGAUAAAGGAGGGAAAGAAAUACCAAAAUCUACCACUAAGCUGUACUAAUCGAAAGCAAUACAAUCCUUCAUCCCACGAAAUCCACAAUAAUGCAUAUACUUAAUACGCUAGUGAAGGCGGGAUCGAUACGUUACUGUCGCGCGAAUGAGUAAUUCGGUACUGAUAACGUCAUUUUUAACGUCUCUCUACUCCUCUACUCCCACGGUUCGGUGAAGACCGAAGUACGAACUAGCGAUAAUCAAUUCGAUUCGAUCAGCGGAUACGAGCAGAAGCUGCUCACUCGAUAGGCUUUGCUGUAAACGCACAUGUAAUGCCUGUAAUGCCCCCGGGUGUGCUUCAUGCGAACGCAAUGAUAACGCUUGCACCAGGGGGAAUGCCUCAUUGCUUGCUUGCUCUACUACUUGCCUGGCAGCGAGCAUACAAAUCGUAAACAACGCGCAUCAACGCGCUGCACAAACUAGAGAAUGGAAAAGAGGAAAUAAAAUACCCCCCCUCACUCACAGACACGAUCACACUCCAUUAAAAUGCUUGCCUACCUUUUAACCGCUCGCAAAAGCACCACUACGAAGCACUGGGAACGAUCACAUCGAAACCAAGGGUAAAACAAUGAUAAAUCUCUAAUCUGUAAGCCGAUUUCGAUAGCAUGACACAAUCAAACGGUGACACAAGGAUAGCCACGGGUGGUGACCCAAUGCAAAAGUAUCAGCAGCAGCAGUGGCGGUAACAAAAGGCAAAGCAAACGCCACCAGGUGGGCGUUCGUAACCGAAAAAGGCAAAUCACGAGCAACAAAAACAACACAAAACAACACACUCACAAAGUUAUUAUAUUACACACUUAAAAAAGUAAAAAAAAAGAUGGCUUAUAUCUGUGAUUUAAAUAAUUGAAGGUAAAGAGAAGGAAGGAUUAAAAAGAAAAUAAAACGAAACAAAAAUACACAAAAAACCAACAAAGAAAACACUUAUAAAUUUAACGAAAGCUGUUAAAAGCGAACAUGAGCAGCGAUAGCAGGGAGCGAUAGCAUAGUUUAACCAAACCACGGACGGGUGGGCCAGAUACACGGCACGAAACGGCACGAAGUGUCAAGCAGGCAAUGGGAAUGGGAAUGGUGGACAAAGGGCAGGUUAAAAGGGGUGGGAUGGAAGGUAAUUUAGUAGCAGGAGCAGGUACUAUGUUAACAUGUGGAAUUAAAGGAAGAGAGAAAACAAAACAAAAAAAAACAAAAACAAAAAAGGAAACAGAAAACAUUGAAAUGUGCUUUUUAAAUAUUUUCUAUAUGAAGACAUAACAUUAUAUAUACUUAUACAUAUACAGAUAUACAUUUACAAGUACUUGGGAGAGAGACAAACGGUAACGAUACACUCACUCACUCAUUCACUCACUCACACUCAUCCGCCAAGCGCGCAGUAACAACGUAUAUAAAAUGACUUAACCGCAAGCACAAUAGGAGCAACCGGGCGGUUGCUAGGAAACCGUGUCGUGCGAGUCAAGGCGAGCCGAACAUCGCGGUAAAAGUACACAUAUUCAAGAUAUUAAGAGAAAAUUAUGAAAUUCGGAUAAUUAGAGGACAAACAAAGCAGCAACAAAUGGAGAGAAAACUUGAGCAACCACAAAGCUAACAAAUUACGAAACCAAAGUUGAAAUUAAGAAAUAGAUUUAUCCGCGGAAACGGAAGGCCGGCAAACGUUUGGCAAAACCAAAGAAGCAUAAACACAAACACACAGAAACACAGACACACACAUACAUGAUAAAACAUGUUGUAGUCCCAUUAUGCCCUUAUACAUAACGUAGAGGUACAAGCUAUGAAGCUAUAUUCUCAAUAGAUUGAUUAUCGUAUAAGAGUGUAAAAAAAAAAUACUAGUUCUUCGCUGUUACGACCACACAAACACACAACCACACCGUUACAUAGUUAUGUGCGCGAACAUGGGAAAUACGAAUCGUUCGGAAGCGGUCGCCUAGCCCCGCUCCGAACGUCGUCCACUGUUGUCAAAGCUUUCGCAAUAUAGCGUGACACGCAUCCACAUCCCUUGAUCAGACCGUGCGAGAACGAGGGGAGAAUUAAGGGCUUAUUGUUAUACAGCACACAAACAGACACACACCACCACAACCUAGACGCCUUUUGUCGCUUUUUCAGGCAAACUGACAAACCGUACGACGCGCGACAUUGUCCCUCCACAUGUCCGACACUCGCAGUCCUUAGCGUUAAGAGGAUCGGGCUUGCAAAACCACCUUGCUGUUACUAAUAGGCGUACGGGUUGGAUUGGUGCUGCUUGAAGUAGUUCAGGUGCCACUUCAAUUCAAGCUAGAGAAAGACAACAAUGUGAGGCACAGUACACAGUUACAAAUGUGGUCGGCCAAUGGUCAAACAGUCGCGGAACCGAGCCGCGUUACGAUAAUAGGUCGCUGAUCCGCUGUGAAAGCUCUUGUACACUUUCUAGUCAAUGCUUCAGUGAAUGAAGAUAGUUUUGUUACGAUUCUUUGUGCAAUCGUUUCAUCGAUAAACAAUUAUUGCGUACGAAUUCCAGGUUCUUGUUCAGUUUUAUUAUGUUUAUUGUGCAGUUGGUAGCUACAUUCAUCCUUUCGGAAGAGUUUCCUUUGCAAAUCGCACCUGCAUCACCCCAUAAUACUCGCUAGUGCAGAUUGCCGAUCAACCAUUUAUCGUGCUACCAAUGUUAAUUGCUCUACACACCCAACGAACGAAUGGCAAGCCCUUAGUGUAUUAGCUUCGAUUCAACCAAAAGUACUUUUAAUGAACCCAGGACGAGGGGAACCAUCUAGGAAGUUCGAGUUUGAGAAAAUACCAAAAAAAAAUCCCAAAAGCACAGCAAUCGAGCGGUGGUUGAAUAAUGUUCUAGAUUUAUUUAUUUUUCAAAAAAUCCCAAUGUGAAUAGGAGAAGCGAAAAAACACACACAAAAGACACACGACGGCGACAGGAGUGAAACGUGAACCCGUGGGUACGGGUUCGGCGACAAAAGGAAAAGGGGGAGAACGUACGAAAGGAAAUCAAAUAAAGCUACUUACCAAAGUAAA